ACAGCUGUUCAACACCACUCACUGUUUCCAAUGAGACCCUGCUGGUGGAGUACGGAGAACCUGUUGAGCUCACCUGCUCCAUACCAACCAAACCAACUUCAUCACAGCACAUUCUGGGCUGGGAGUCUCAGAUUAAUCCUGUCCAAAUAGAGAAUGAGACCAGUGUGGUGUGGAGAUCGCCCAGUCUGACAGAGUGGGAGGUGAACGGAAGAGAGUUGUUCUGUUUCCUGACAGUGCCGAAUAAAGAACAAUGUAAAAAGAGGGUCCAUCUGAGUCUUUACAAGCGUCCAGACAGUGUGAAGAUCAGCUCUGAGUCCAGCGUGUGGUCAGAAGAUCAGAUGAUGAACCUGACGUGUGAGAUUAAGAAUGUGGGUCCCUUACAGAACCUUACUGUACAGUGGACCAGAGUGGACCAGAACAACAGAACAGUCACUGAAAUGUCAUACGGAAGUUUCAGCUCUUCUGGAGAGGAGAGAAAGAGCGGGAAUGUGACGGCCACACUGAAUGUCUUGGCCAGCCGUGAUGAAGAUGGAGUCCAGUAUCAGUGUGCAGCUCUACUGAAGCUGGAGCAGCCCCAACAACCACAAGUGGGAACAUCAGAACCUCUGAACAUCACAGUACACUACAAGCCCACCAUAACACAUCCUUCCAAUGAUACCAUAUCUGUAACUACGGGCGACAAGCUGGUUCUGAACUGUUCAGCACAUGGUAACCCCAGUCCUCAGUACACCUGGAGCUCACUUGGAAAGAUGAAUCUCAGCAAGUCCUCCAUCCUCAUCAUCAACAGUGUCCAGUCAGAACAUCAGGGUCAAUACAACUGCACUGCCUACAAUGAUGAAGGCUCUGAUUCAAUGACUGUGACGGUUAACGUUGUAGAGGACUACCUGCUGAUCAUCAUUGUCUGCGCUGUCCUUUGCUUGGUGUUGCUGGUAACUGUGUUCUCCUUUUUGUACUGCAAGUAUUACCGACACACCCACAUGGGCCACUACAUCCUGAAGAACCUGACGUCACGUAGAUACAACGGCAACGUGGCCCACAGUGACACGGACCAGAGCCAGCUGUAGCUAAUGCUAACCUACUCACAGCCUCAGACGCUCCACCAGAGCUGGUUUAUGAGGAGUCUGGCCACUUCCUAUUUCCCCCGUUAUAUUAAAAACACGACUGCAGAACAGCAGAGGGCGCCCUCGAGGGAGUCCGCAAUGAAUGGGGUGAAUGGAGCUAAAUGGAGUAGAAGAAUGAAUUUCACUAAAAAAACAAAGAAAACUCACCUGAAUGUUUCCUUUACUACAGCAAACACUACCAUUACUGAUACUGAGAGUUGAUUGGUUAACAUUACUGAUACUGAGCGCUGAUUGGUCAGCAUUACUGAUACUGAGAGCUGUUGGUUAACAUUACUGAUACUGAGAGCUGAUUGGUCAGCAUUACUGAUACUGAGAGCUGAUUGGUUAACAUUACUGAUACUGAGUGCUGAUUGGUUAACAUUACUGAAGAAUUCUUUUACAUUAAAAAUGUUUAAACAUUUAUAAACUAUGAUUUUGCUCAAAGGCUCUAUAUCAACCCAUUCAUUUUGGACUCACUCAGGAGCGCCCUCUAGUGUUUGAGAAACCCAAAAGACAGAGUGGAAAUUCUCCUCACUACAAGUUCUCUGGCUCCACCUACAGACGUUCUGAUAGACACUGUAUUCUAAGACGGCCUCAUCUAGCAGUUAAGCCUCUCUUUGGCUGUUCAAAAGUGUGGAUGCAGUUGAUCUGGUUUAUUGUCUGAUGGGAAACAAUGAUCUGUUCAUCGAGCUAAACAACACAGCAUUUCUCUGUGGCUACAGAGCCGUAAUAAACCACUGGGUCCAGAUUAGCAAUCGGUUCAGAUAUCACAUGACCUUUGACCUUAAAUAGUAGACUGUUCAUAAUGAUGAUGACUGACAAAUACAGAAAUCUGGUUUAAGAGAUUAAAGCUGACUCUGAAUCUACUGUAUCUAAUGCUGACACUGACUCUACUGUAUCUAAUGCUAACACUGACUCUACUGUAUCUAAUGUUAACCCUGACUCUACUGUAUCUAAUGCUAACACUGACUCUACUGUAUCUAAUGUUAACCCUGACUCUACUGUAUCUAAUGCUGACACUGACUCUAAUGUAUCUAAUGCUAACCCUGACUCUAAUGUAUCUAAUGCUGACACUGACUCUAAUGUAUCUAAUGUUAACCCUGACUCUACUGUAUCUAAUGCUGACACUGAUUCUACUGAAUCUAGUCCUAACCCUGACUCUACUGUAUCUAAUGCUAACACUGACUCUACUGUAUCUAAUGUUAACCCUGACUCUACUGUAUCUAAUGCUGACACUGACUCUAAUGUAUCUAAUGCUGACACUGAUUCUACUGAAUCUAAUCCUAACCCUGACUCUACUGUAUCUAACACUAACCCUGACUCUACUGUAUCUAAUGCUAACCCUGACUCAACUGAAUCUAAUCCUAACCCUGACUCUACUGUAUCUAACACUAACCCUGACUCUACUGUAUCUAAUGCUAACCCUGACUCUACUGAAUCUAAUCCUAACCCUGACUCUACUAUAUCUAAUGCUAACCCUGACUCUAAUGUAUCUAAUGCUGACACUGAUUCUACUGAAUCUAAUCCUAACCCUGACUCUACUGUAUCUAAUGCUAACCCUGACUCUAAUGUAUCUAAUGCUGACACUGAUUCUACUGAAUCUAAUCCUAACCCUGACUCUACUGUAUCUAACACUAACCCUGACUCUACUGUAUCUAAUGCUAACCCUGACUCUACUGUAUCUAAUGCUAACUCUGACUCUAUGGUAUCUAAACUGAGUGGACGCUGGAACACUGAUGUCACGCUGUCACGUUCAAUCAUGACGCAGUAACCAAAUUUGCCCAUUGAUUUCUCCACAGAAUGCUUGUGUUAAUCCGUAUUAAAUGUGCAGGUUAGCCCUAACCCAGGGCUGUCCUUUACCUGCUGAUCUAACACACACUGCACCUUUUCAUUACAGGUAUUAUGCAUUCAGAAUAACUGAUUUACAAUGUUUCACAUUCUGUGAAUAAAGGCUGAUCUACUGUGUUGCUUUUGAA